AUGUCCAAGAAGGGCACCAGCAGCCGAGCUAGGGGGGAGAAGCCGGACGCCUUGGCUGCCUUGCAGGCUGCCAAUGAAGAGCUCAGGGCCAAGCUCACCGACAUCCAAAUAGAGCUCCAGCAAGAAAAGAGUAAGGUCAGCAAGUUGGAAAGAGAGAAAAAUCAGGAAGUUAAGCAGAUCAAAGAGCACGAACAGCAUAAAAGUACAGUGGUGGUAACAGAGCUCAAAGUCAAACUUCAUGAAGAGAAAAUGAAGGAGCUCCAAGCUGUUCGAGAAGCACUUUUGAGACAGCACGAAGCUGAACUACUUAGAGUAAUAAAAAUUAAAGAUAAUGAAAUCCAGAGACUACAGACCCUUCUCAAUGCUGUACGCGAUGGGGCUCCUGACAAGGUGAAAACGGUGCUGCUCACAGAGGCGAAAGAGGAGGCCAAGAAGGGGUUUGAAGUUGAGAAAAUAAAAAUGCAGCAAGAAAUUUCAGAGCUGAAGGGGGCUAAGAAACAAGUGGAAGAGGCUUUAACUAUGGUCAUCCAGGCUGACAAAAUUAAAGCAGCGGAGAUAAGGAGUGUGUAUCACCUGCAUCAAGAGGAAAUCAGCAGAAUUAAGAGGGAGUGUGAGAGAGAAAUUCGUAGACUGAUGGAGGAGAUUAAGUUUAAAGACAGAGCAGUCUACGUGCUGGAGAGAGAGUUAGGGGUUCAAGCCGGGCAUGCUCAGAGACUGCAGCUCCAAAAGGAGGCUUUAGAUGAACAACUUUCCCAGAUCAAAGAGUCUGAUCGGCAUCUGAGCAGCCCCAAGCGGGAACUUCCUUAUGCAAGUGGUGCAGGAGACGCUUCAGAUCAUUCGGGAAGCCCCGAACAGCAGUUGGAUGAAAAGGAUGCCCGGCGUUUCCAACUUAAAAUCGCUGAGCUGAGUGCCAUCAUCAGAAAGCUGGAGGACCGGAACGCACUGCUGUCGGAGGAGAGAAAUGAGCUGUUAAAACGUCUUAGAGAAGCUGAAAGUCAGUAUAAGCCCAUUUUGGACAAAAAUAAACGCCUUAGUAGGAAGAAUGAAGAAUUGUCACAUGCCUUACGUCGAAUGGAAAAUAAAUUAAAAUUUGUAACACAAGAAAAUAUAGCAAUGAGGCAAAGAGCGGGAACAAUAAGGAGACCGAGCUCUUUAAAUGACCUUGACCACAGCCAGGAAGAAAGAGAAGUUGAUUUCCUGAGACUCCAAGUUAUUGAACAGCAAAAUAUCAUUGAUGAACUCUCCAAGACCCUGGAAACUGCUGGCUAUGUGAAGAGUGUCAUGGAACGUGAUAAGCUGUUAAGGUAUAGGAAGCAAAGGAAAAAAAUGACAAGAAUUCCUAAGAAGCCGGUUGUGGAGACGUUUUUUGGCUAUGAUGAAGAAGCUUCCUUGGAGUCUGAUGGUUCCUCUAUCUCAUAUCAAACUGACCGGACGGAUCAAACCCCUUGCACUCCUGAAGAUGACUUGGAAGAGGGCAUGGCCAAGGAAGAGACAGAACUGCGGUUUCGGCAGCUGACGAUGGAGUACCAGGCUCUGCAACGAGCAUACGCCCUAUUGCAAGAACAGGUCGGAGGAACAUUGGAUGCAGAACGAGAAGUUAAGACACGUGAGCAGCUCCAAGCAGAAAUACACCGAUCUCAGGCUCAGAUAGAAGACCUGGAGAAGGCCCUUGCUGAGCAGGGACAGGACAUGAAGUGGAUUGAGGAGAAGCAAGCAUUGUACAGAAGAAAUCAAGAACUGGUAGAAAAGAUAAAACAAAUGGAAGCCGAGGAAGCUCGCUUAAAACAUGAUGUCCAGGAUGUUAAGGAUCAAAACGAGCUCCUGGAGUUCAGGAUCUUGGAGCUUGAAGAGAGAGAAAGACGAUCGCCUGCCAUCAACUUCCAUCACGGCCCUUUUACAGAGGGGAAAAGCCCUCUCCAAGUCUACUGCGAGGCAGAAGGUGUAACAGACAUAGUAGUAGCAGAGCUGAUGAAAAAAUUGGACAUUUUAGGGGAUAACGCCAAUCUGACCAACGAAGAGCAAGUAGUUGUCAUACAAGCAAGGACAGUUCUCACGUUGGCUGAAAAGUGGCUACAGCAGAUAGAAGUGACGGAGUCUGCGCUGCAACAGAAGAUGCUGGACCUUGAGAAUGAAAAGGAGCUGUUCAGCAAGCAAAAGGGCUACCUGGAUGAUGAGCUCGACUUCAGGAAACAGUCCUUGGACCAAGCUCACAAGCAAAUUCUGGAAUUAGAAGCCAUGCUCUAUGAUGCCCUGCAGCAAGAAGCUGGAGCCAAAAUUUCCGAACUUCUUUCAGAAGAGGAGAAAGAGAAACUGAAGAGCGCCGUAGAGCAAUGGAAGCGGCAGGUCAUGAGUGAGCUCCGGGAAAGGGACGCCCAAAUCCUGCGAGAAAGGAUGGAGCUCAUUCAACACGCACAGCAGAGAAUUAAAGAGCUAGAAGAAAGAAUUGAAGGCCAAAAAAGACAAAUAAAAGAGUUAGAGGAAAAGUUUUUAUUUUUGUUUUUAUUUUUCUCUUUAGCUUUCAUUCUUUGGUCAUAG